AUGCACGACUUUGCCGACAUUCACGCCGACGACAAGGGCUUUGUGCUUCUCGGCACGAGAGACGCCGAAGGGGGCGGCACUCUCAACUGCGGCAAUCCGAGCAAUAUGUGUGGCACAGCCCCUGACCCGGCGGUGCCCUGCUACGACAUGUACUUGGCUCGCUUCGACGGCUCGAGCGAGACGUGGGCCACGAAGCUGACGUCGUCCAGCGCAUCGCUGCCGCCAAUCUCGGCGACCUCGUGCCGGACUCGGACCCGUCGAGCAAAAAGUACUGGGCGACAGUCAGCAAUGGCAAAGGUGACAAUGCCGACGUGCAUCUGA